CCAAGUCCCCACCCCAGUAGCCAGCAGUGCCCGCUCGUGUCUGGAGAAAUGCAGUAGUGUUCCGUGAAAAUUUCCGCCCCUUAUCCUACUAAUCAUGGCGUUACGAGACAGGCUGGCGGCAUAUCUCCUCCUGCUGACGUCUGCUAUAGUGGGAGUGAGCCAUGGGUGUUUGAUCCCCUUCGUGAUGCGCGGCACGUGGUUCAGCUUCGAGCAAGGCAGCAACACCAUCACGGACAUCGACGACACCUACAUGACCAACCACGGCACCUGCGUGGCCAUCAAGGUGUACCGCAACGACUACAAAGCGCUCCUCUUCAAGCAGAACGAUUGCUACUACUGCGUGCGCUUCCGCAUCCGAACAGUGAACGUCCUGCAGAAGAGUGCAACUGGAUGCAACACUUACCGGGACAGCAAGCCGUCCCUGGAGGAUGUGUGUUCCGAGCUGGACAAGGACACGCGGCUCGUCACGAUGUUCAAUGAGAAUUAUCGACCAAAGAACUGUCGCUCGGCUAUUGAAGGCGUGUGGCACUUCGCUUAUCAGAACAGAUUUAGUUUCACAGGAGAAUGCAACCACCCUGAGGCCAAGAUCCGGUCAUGCCAGGAGCCUGGUAACCAGUUCCUCAUCGCCAACCAGAAAUUCAAUCUGACUUUCAAAAAAUGUGAUGGUAUUAAGGAAUCUUUUGAAGGAACCAAGGAGUUCUCGUGUCUGGGUGACUGGUUUGUGGGGAAGAACCACUUCUUUGCGGCUGCCAACACUAAGGAGUCGAGGAAGGAUGAGAAGUACCGCUGCUUCGUGCGUAACCGUGAUGACGACCUGUACAUGGGCCACUCCAUCACCCCCGAGUGCUCCGUGCUCAAGACACCAGAGAACAGUCCAUUCAGGUUCCGCAUGACUCCAGUGAAGCAGGAAACAGUCACUCCUGGAUGUCUGCUGCCCAAGAACUUCACUGGUGAUUGGGUGAACACGGCACACACAGAGGCAGACGUCAUGAUCAACCAGACACACAUCAUUGAGACCACAUACCCAGAUAUUGGCCGCUACCGACGCACUAUCUAUGUCUGCAGGGAACAGAAGGACAACCGAUACAUGAUGGCAAGGCUCAACAUUGAUGGCUGUCAAAAGGACUACGUAUGCUUUGAGUUUGUGCCUCGUCACCACAACAUCAUCAGGUUUAGAAAAGGUCUAGAGAUGAUCCGAGAGGACUUCUCCACUGUCUGCUCCUACAUUCAGUUUAAGAGUGACCGGGAGUGGAAUUAUGAUCUCAUGUUGGCCAGGGACCCAGUGCCUGUGAAAUGCCCCAUUGCCGGCAAAUUCAACUUUACCCAGAAGGGAGAGGUGCAGUUUGAGACACGAGUCCUUGGGGGUGUGACCAAGACUCCAUGGGAUGACAUUCAGUGCAAGGAGAACAUCUCUGACCUCUCAGUGUGUGACAAGGACCAGAAAGAAAUUUGGAUUGAUGCUCACUACUGCAUUACUGUGGAUGCAUAUGGCCGACACAUGGACAUUUACACUGAUCCAGACUACAAGCUGAAGUGCAUUGGAUACUGGAAGGAGAAUCUCAAGUCAUACCUGAUCACCUAUGAUGAGCUGGACCCAUACUCCAAGUACAGGUGUUGGGUGUACCAGAGAGCAGAUUUGAACAAAGUACUCAUGUCACAAAGUGUUGGGCCGUUUUGUAACCUUGGUCAGACUGUCCUGAAUACAGGCAAUGGGGCAGCAGUCAUUCUUAACAUGGUGGAGUAUGAAAGAGAACACGACCGGUGUCCUAUGCACUUUGAUGACGGUGACAACCCCUGGAAGGAGCCUGGAUCCAGUAUCCAUGUCUUCAAAUUCCAGGACUCCAGCACUGCAGCCUUGGUCACAACCCUCUCAGGGAUGCUUCUCUUCACACUCCUCUCCCUCCAUCUCAUCCACUUUGGUUGAGUCUGUGAGGUGUAAGGGGAAUCAAAUAAAUAUCAAUGUCAUAAUCUAAAGAUACUUUUAGGGUCAAGACUUGUAGGUCACUGCCAUGGAUGUUACUACAGACAUCCAGAUAUACUGUACAUACAUAAUCCCUAAAGGAGAGGAAAGAAUCCUCCAGUUUCUGCAACCUCUUCUCAUUAUCCAGUUUAAAGAUACAAACUGUAGAUCUCAAAAAGUGAUUGUGAAAAGGAAGAAGUUAAUCUACAAGAAAAAUACACAAGUAUAUAUAUAUAUAUAUAUAUAUAUAUAUAUAUAUAUAUAUAUAUAUAUAUAUAUAUAUAUAUAUAUAUAAACAUCAAGGAGUGGAUUUAUAUUGGCAUGGUUUGUCAGUUUUAAAAACUGGAGCACUUACUGUACUAUUAAUAGUACUGUACAGGUGAAUAAGGUUUGCCAAGAUAGGAUUUAUUUGUUCUUUCCUAGCAGGGAAGACAAUGUGUAGGAUAAAAUUUAAUGUAUAUAGAACUAACAGUCAAUACCAUACCAUAUUUAAAAAAAAAAAAAAAGAAAAAAAAUGGGAAGUGAGAUACAAAUUUCUUGAAAGGUGACCUAACUUUUGCCUCCACUUGUGCCAUCUCAGUGUCUCCCAUCACUGGUACUGAGGGACGUUGCAGUAGUCUUUGAGUUAUGUAAUAUUAUAGAUCCGUCCAGUAAUAUGUAACUUGUGUGCUGAGGAGUGAUCGUUCUUGAUGCAACUGUUCCAUCCCUUCACAUUCCGUCCAGUACAGUUAAAUUCUUGUCGCACUAGAUGAUGCUGAUAUCUACUGUAGUGACAAAAAGCAACUUACAUUGAAAUACUGUGAUCAUCAGUACACAUACAUACAUCCCAGUGACAGAUUAUUUUAUGUACAUUUAUCAGAUACGGUGCACAUAGGUACUUUUUAUCUCAAGAAAUGUACAUGUUAGGCUCAUAAUGAAUCACAGUUUUAUCUCAGAUACACAGUAUGUUUAAUGGUACGAGUAAUUUUUCUUCACUACGGCAGCACAAAGAUUACUGUAUUGAUGUAAUUGUGUGAACACAGCAUAAACUAAUUUACUAAAGUGUAUAGAGACACUUUCAGCUCAAUUCAAGUGCAAAUACUUUCAUGUUUGGGACUAUUAGGAAGAAUGUUUAUGAAAUGAUACUGUCUUCCAUAACCUUCAAUGAAAAUUUGUUUCUUACAAAUACUGUUACAUAUUUUCAUACAGCUUCAUAUGAUGAUUUUCAUCAUUCUGUCUUAUGUAUGUCUUGAUUGAGGAAAUAUUUCUCAUGAAAUAAAGACAUUCUGCUAUGUA